AUGCACCUCUCCCAGCUGCUGGCCUGCGCCCUGCUGCUCGCGCUACUCUCGUUCCGGCCCUCCGAAGCCAAGCCCGGGGCGCCGCCGAAGGUCCCGCGCACUCCGCCAGGGGAGGAGGUGGCCGAGCCCCAGGCUGCGGGCGGAGGUCAGAAGAAGGGCGACAAGACUCCCGGGGGCGGCGGCGCCAAUCCCAAGGGCGACCGGUCGCGACUGCUCCGGGACCUGCGCGUGGACACCAAGUCUCGGGCGGCGUGGGCCCGUCUUCUGCAAGAGCACCCCAACGCGCGCAAAUACAAGGGAGGCAACAAGAAGGGUUUGUCCAAGGGCUGCUUCGGCCUCAAGCUGGACAGGAUCGGCUCCAUGAGCGGCCUGGGAUGUUAGUGCGGCGACCCCUGG